GACGGCGCACAGCAUCUGCAUGGUGUCGGACUUCUUCUACCCCAACAUGGGGGGCGUAGAGAGCCACGUGUACCAGCUGUCGCAGUGCCUCAUCGAGCGGGGCCACAAGGUCCUGGUGGUCACCCACGCCUACGGCCACCGGAAGGGCAUCCGCUACCUCACCAACGGGCUGAAAGUCUACUACUUGCCCCUGAAGGUCAUGUACAACCAGUCCACGGCGACGACUUUUUUUCACAGCCUGCCCUUGCUCAGGUACAUAUUCGUGCGGGAGAGGGUCACCGUCGUCCAUGCCCACAGCUCCUUCUCCGCCAUGGCCCACGACGCCCUCUUCCACGCCAAGACCAUGGGGCUGCGGACGGUGUUCACGGAUCACUCCCUCUUUGGGUUUGCAGAUGUCAGCUCCGUGCUUACCAACAAACUUCUGACGGUGUCCCUGUGUGACACAAACCACAUCAUCUGUGUCUCCUACACAAGUAAGGAAAACACGGUGCUGCGAGCAGCUUUGGACCCUUUGAUAGUUUCCGUCAUCCCCAAUGCUGUCGAUCCCACCGACUUUACUCCAGACCCGUCAAGCAGGGAUGACAGUACAAUAACAAUUGUUGUUGUCAGCAGACUUGUUUACAGAAAAGGUAUAGAUUUGCUUAGUGGUAUCAUUCCUGAGCUCUGUCAGAAAUAUCCAGAGUUACAUUUCUUAGUUGGUGGAGAAGGACCAAAACGAAUCAUACUGGAAGAAGUCCGGGAAAGAUACCAGUUACAUGACAGGGUUCGUCUCCUAGGAGCCUUGGAACACCAGGAUGUUAGAAAUGUUCUAGUCCAGGGACACAUUUUUCUCAACACUUCCCUCACCGAGGCUUUUUGUAUGGCAAUUGUGGAAGCAGCAAGCUGUGGUUUACAGGUGGUGAGUACAAGAGUUGGUGGGAUUCCUGAGGUGCUUCCAGAUAAUCUCAUCAUUCUAUGUGAACCGUCUGUGAAAUCUUUGUGUGAUGGAUUAGAAAAAGCUAUUGCCCAGCUCAGGUCAGGAACACUACCAUCUCCAGAAGCUGUCCAUAGUAAAGUAAAGACAUUUUAUACGUGGAGGAAUGUAGCAGAGAGAACUGAGAAAGUGUAUGACAGGGUUGCAGAUGAAGUAGUUUUACCAAUGGAUGAGCGACUUAACAGACUAAUGUCUCACUGUGGCCCAGUGACUGGGUAUAUUUUUGCUCUUUUUGCUGUUCUGAACUUCCUUUUCUUGACGUUUCUGAGGUGGAUGACUCCAGAUUCCAUUAUUGAUGUUGCAAUAGAUGCCACAGGACCUAAAGGUGCAUGGACUAAACAGUAUUUUUGGGGAAAAAAAGGAAGAGUUAAAGAACAACUUCCAAGCUCCUAAAAUGCUCAAAUGGAGAGGAAAGAACCCAUCAGUCACUAAAAGUUUUAAUGCUUGCUGAUAGAGACAUUACUCUUAAAAUUCUUCGGUUUCUUUCUGAAGAUAUUGGAAAGAAACUUGGUUAAAUGUGCUACCUCAAUUUAGGAUUAUGUUUUAAUUUAGUUUUGGAUUC